UGAGUAAAUUCACAUGAGAUCUCAAAACCCAUAAAUUAUAAUUUCCAUAAUCUUCAUCUAAAGUAACAAAUUAACAAGUGAGAUGAAAAGCAACGCUCUUCUAAAGCAUUCCUUAAUCAUGAAACAUCAAGCUCUUUUUGGCUGGCUUAGAGCCAGCAGACCUCUCCGAAUCACUCGACGUGCCCCUCCUGUUAGCGAGGAGAUGAAUUAUGGUGAGAAUCAAAACAGAGAAGGGAAAAGAGUUGAGCUCAGUCACAACUGCAAACCGGUGAGAAACACAGCAGCCAGUGGUUCGGAUGAUGACUUGUGUUUCUCAUUGGAGAGAAGCACCUGAUUCUAGAAGAGCAGCUUUUCUUUGGUGUGGUGCCAGUAAGAGUCAGGACUGACUCAGGACUAUACAAACAGUGACAAAACCCGGACUGACCUCAAGUCUCCAGUGCUCUGGCUCCUUUCCAAGAAACCCUCAAAGAGAGGAACAGUACUGUGUGAUGCCAGUGGUGUUUGUGCACCUUCAGAAAAGUGUGUUUCAGUCUUUCCUGAAAUGGACUUAUUUCUGCAGCAGGGGUCUCUGCAAGGUUAGUGAACAAGCGAGGAGUUCUUUGACUGGAAGAAAGAGUGCCUUGUUGUGUCAGGCUAGGAGUGGUUGACAGGACAGGAAGGCAGAACGAGUGAGCGGGGGAGAGAGACAGUCACAGAGAGAGACGACUUUUGUCCCGUGCUGGACAGGAGAAUCUGCUUUGUGUCUGUGAUGGUUGGGUUCAGAAGUGCGCCAGGAAGAAACUCGCAACAUCUCGCUACCGUCCUCAAGACUCUAUCCAUCUUCAUAAUGUCUUCUGAAUGAGGAGCCAUGUGUUCGCUUACAGACGGUUUUGUUUCAUAGGCUGCCAGAAAGUUUGCACAGGAUUCUCAUGUCCCUGAGCGAGUAAGUGAAAACACGCUGGCCAUGGAUAGUUUGAACCAAAAUCUUACCAGUAGACAUCAGUCUCAUCAAGUGCUCCAGAGCACUCCACUGGAUUUGAUUGAGACUGGGAAAGCCCUGAAGGUCCAAGCAGAGCGCCCGCAUUUGGUCAGUCUAGGAAGUGGCCGUCUCAGUACAGCCAUCACCCUCUUACCCCUGCCUGAAGGAAAGACCACUCUGGGUCACGGAGCCAUGGACAUCAACAUCCAGGGCCCAGGGAUUGCUGCUCAGCACUGCUUCAUAGAAAACAAGGCAGGACUCAUCACGCUGCACCCCUGUGGAAACCAGUGUAGCAUGGACGGACUACCGGUCACCAAACCUGUGCGCCUGUCUCAAGGCUGUAUGCUGUGUUUCGGCCAAUCUGCCUUUUUCCGUUUCAACCAUCCAGAGGAGGCUUUCCGAAUGAAACGCAUGAUGCCUGAGGGAGGACAAACAGCCAGUGUGAAAAACUGGGCCUACACAGAUUCUGAGAACCUGGUCAAUGGGAACCACUCAUCAAGAGCACCAAAAUCUAACUCGGUCUCCAACGAGAGCGUGCGCCCUGAUCAAAGUGCCAUCGUCAGUUCCAUUGAGAAGGACCUUCAGGACAUUAUGGACUCAUUAGUCAUGGAUGACCCUCAGCCCUCUUCCUCUGAGUCAAAGAAGCCCUCUGGUCAGCCCAUAUCUCAGUCUCCCUUGUCCCCCAUGUUAAAUGGUGGGGGGCGCUUCCUUCUCUCACCCCCAACAAGCCCUGGUGCUAUGUCCGUGGGCUCCAGUUAUGAGAAUACCUCUCCUCCUUUCUCUCCUCUCUCAUCCCCAUCUGCUGCCAGCAGUGGCAGCUAUGCCAGUCCAUCUCCAAGUGGUUGUCAGAACCAGCUUCACAUGCUUCCUCCUGUGCCAGUGAGGUCUUCUAGUUACAAUUACACUAGCCAGCCACCCAUACCUCAGCCACGGACCAUACUGCCAAGCUAUUCCUGUGGCAACAGUGGGCCAAAGGUGCCUGAGAGUCCCAGACUACAGCGAAAGGCUCUUUUAGAAGCACCGCCGAGCCCAAAGCCAAGUCGUAGGGGGUUGAACCAAGACAGCUUGGUGGCUAAAACCCCAGACAGCCCCAUACAGACUCACAUUCUGCCCUCAGUCUCAAUCUUUACUGCUCCGACUGAUCACCCAUCUGUCAGUCGGGUUCCAGUUCCAGGUAGUCCCAAACUGACCCCCAAAUUCUCCACCGCAUCCCCAUCCUCUUCGCCCUCUAGUCCUAGAACCAAAACUGCCAUUGUUCUCCAGGAUCGGCCCUCAAGUCCUUUCCGAGAGCAGCCUCAGUCAGAUCGCUCCAUGACCUCUAGCCCAUCUAACCAACUCUCCCCACCCUCGCGAUCUUUCCAGCCCCCUUUGGACCCCAUUGUCCACAUCAUUCAGGGUGGACCUCCACACCCACAUCCUCGCACAUUGCAGCCUCCAGAAAGUCCGCGGCUGGCCCGCAGGAACCUUGAAGGGAGCAGCAUGAGGGAGCUUCCUCCUCUUAGCCCCUCUAUAGCUCGCAGGGGGGUUCCUGUGCUCCCUGGAGCUCUACCGGGAACCCUGCGGACUCCAGAGAGUCCAUCCCCAAGAAUGGUGCCAGAGAGUCCCAGACUCAGGAGGAAAGCAGGGUCUCCUACAGAGGAGCCAUUUAGCCCUCGUGGGGUGCGUGCUCGUAGUCCUUCACCCACCUCUGGACUGAUGGGGGAAGGCAGUGGACAGAAGGCCAGUUUUGGGAACUCGCUGUCCUCUGCAUUCAGCCUGGGUUCUCUGCCUGGUUCAUCGCCACGAUCAAGUCCUAGGAGCCACAGAAAGAUGUCAGCAGGCCACAAGGACCUUCGGAUGCCUCACCCUGGCAUGAGGGAGCGCAAAAAUAGCAUCACAGAGAUCAGCGACAAUGAGGAUGACCUUCUGGAGUACCACCGGCGCCAAAGAGAAGAGCGACUCAGAGAGCAAGAAAUGGAGAGGCUGGAACGGCAGCGGCUGGAAACAAUCUUGAACCUCUGUGCCGAGUACAACAAGGGUGACGGGCCUGCGGGAGAUCUGGGCAGGAUGGGCGUCUCUGGGCUAGGCUCAAGGGACGGGCUUAACGUCAGACGUCCUUCCUUGGACAGUAUGAGCAGUGCUUCCCUAAGGGUGGCGCAGAGACAUCGUGAAAGCCAAGAGGAGAACCUGAAGGAGGACAGUAGUAGCACUGAGAGUGCGCAGCAGGACAGACGGACCCCAGCAGAUCUGUUAAAUGGACAAAAUGGACAGGCAGAGGACAGCAUUGGCCGUCUGGAACUGGGAUACCUGGAGGAGGAGCGCGUUCGGGUGCUGGCAAAGGUAGAUGAGCUCAAAGCUCGAAUCACAGAACUGGAGCAGCAACUUCAGGAGUCCAAACAGGAGGCGGAGAUGGAAAGAGCUCUGCUGCAGGGAGAGAGACAGGCCGAGCUGGAGCAAAUUGAGGCCGAGACAGAGACUAUCAACCAGCUGCAGCACAAACUCAGCGAACUGGAGAGCACCAUCCAGAGAGAGAAAGACAAGGCAUGCCAUUCUUUCGGAUGGCCACUCAAGGCCCAUUCUGGUCUCGAUUGCCAUCCCCAGGAGAGGGCUAAUGUUGACGCAGAGCGGGAAGCCCUGGAGAGGCUUCAGGAUGGGUACAAUGAGUUGACGAGCCAGCUCCAUAACUGCCCUGAGUCUCUGAGGGAGCAGUUACAGGAACAACUCAAGAGGGAAGCUGAGACUCUUGAAGCUGCGACUAAGCAGUUUGAGGACCUGGAGUUCCAGCAGUUAGAGAAGGAGAGCAGUCUGGAGGAGGAGCGCGAGACCAUCAGCCAGCAGCUGCUGCAGGACAGAGCUCAGUACCACAGCAGCGUCGCCAAAAGAAAAGAAAAGGUCACAGCAUUGGAAAGCCAAGCCAAUCAGCUGGGAAUACAGGCUGCUCAGGAGUGUGAGAGGCUGGCCAAAGACAGAAGUAUGGCAUUGCAGCUGCUACAGAAGGAAAAGGAAAGGCUGGCCAAUCUGGAGAGAAGAUACCAGAGCUUAACUGGUGGAAAGACAUUCCCCAAAAGCUCCAACACUAUAAAGGAGGAGUACUUGAAGCUGUCGGAUGUUUAUAAGAUGUAUGGGAGUGAUUGCCAUGACAUCCAGCUCGCCAACGCUUCCUCACACGGCCUCUCGCUUGCCCUUGACCCAGCUGUAACUGCCCCUCGUGAGGAGUAUGUGACCGUCGGCCAAUUAAACCAGAUCUAUGGGAUGCCGAAGGUGGAGUCUUCCCCUACCUCACCCAUCCAAUUACUUCAGUCUUCUCUCGCAGACUCCGCCUUCUCCUGCCUCCCCUCCCCUCGCGGCUCCUCCCUCUCUCUCUCCUUCGAGCGUCAGUCGGACUGGGGCAAGCCUCAGAUGCCCGCUCUAGAUUUAAAGCGCUGGUACCAGGAGGUAAUGGCAGCUGGAGAUGCAAACCAUCUCUGCCCUCCUCCUCCCCUCCCGGUUAAAGCUUUCUCAUCACGCAAGCCUGCGCAGGUAUACCGCUCUCGACUGGACAGUGAUGCCAGCCAAUCAUCAAUUUCGAGACCGAAAAUCAGUGCCGGUCUGUCCCCCACAUACACUACAGUAACACUGGGACGCAACACUCCUUCCAGGAGUCCUCUGAUGGUAGCCAACAGCACCGGGAGUCUCCCACGCAACCUGGCAGCCACCCUGCAGGACAUUGAGACCAAGAGGCAGCUGGCUCUCCAGCAGAAAGAAUUCUUGCCCUCCGUCUUUGAGUCGUCCUCCAGUACGGACAGUCCCACAGGCCAACAAGUGAUUGAUGAGCAGCGGAGGCGUCUGGCCGAGCUGAAGCAGAAAGCUGCAGUAGAGGCUCAGUGCCAGUGGGAGGCGCUCCAUGGCUCUCAAAUGCAGCUCAACAGUCCCUUUUCCUCAACCUCCGGGCCAGUAGUGCACCACUCCAUCCUGCACCACGCAGCACCCUCUUCUGGGGAACAGCCUUAUGACACCCUCAGCCUGGAGAGCUCGGACAGCAUGGACACCAGCAUCUCCACCGGAAACAACUCGGCCUGCUCUCCUGACAACAUGUCCAGUGCCAGUGGUAUGGAUGCGCUGAAGAUCGAGGAGAUGGAGAAGAUGUUGAAAGAGGCACAGCUAGAGAAAGCUCGACUCAUAGAGUCCAGAGAACGAGAGACUCAGGCCCGUAAACUCAUGCUAGAGGAGGAGAGAAGAAGAAGAGAGGAGGCGGAGAAGAGACUGCAGGAGGAGACGGUGCACAGACAGCAGCUGAUAGAGAAGGAGGUGAAGAUGAGGGCCAAAAACUUCUCUCAGGCCCGCCCGAUGACCCGAUACCUGCCCAUUCGCAAAGAGGAGUUUGACCUCCGUUCCCACAUCGAGUCCUCGGGUCACAGUGUGGACACGUGCUACCACGUGAUUCUCACCGAAAAGAUGUGCAAGGGCUAUCUUGUCAAGAUGGGAGGGAAGAUCAAAUCCUGGAGGAAGCGCUGGUUCGUCUUUGAUCGCCUUAAAAGGACGUUUUCCUACUACGCCGAUAAACAUGAGAGCAAACUGAAGGGCGUCAUCUACUUCCAGGCUAUCGAGGAGGUUUACUAUGAUCACCUGCGCAGUGCCACAAAGAAAGGAUUUUUCAAUCUGAAUUUGACAAACAGCCCCAACCCCUCCCUGACCUUCUGCGUGAAGACGCACGACAGACUGUAUUACAUGGUGGCCCCGUCCGCAGAGGCCAUGAGGAUAUGGAUGGAUGUGAUAGUGACAGGAGCCGAGGGCUACACGCAGUUCAUGAAUUGAGACAAAACCCACCGCUACUCGCUGACCCAAGUGUCAAAACGGAAACCGUUCGGCAGGGAGACUUCACAUGACCCAGACCUGUUAUUCCCAUUGAGAGGAAAAACUUUUAUUUUGUUGCUUCCUUUUUUUGUCUCCUCCUUUCCUGGAGAUGUUAUAUAUUCACUCAGAUACACAGACAGAUAUCCACCAGAGGCUUUCCAUGUCUGCCUGGAUUGAAAAAGGGAGAAGACAAAAAGACCCGAUGAACCAAACCUGCAGGUGGUGGCUCACUCACCAUAGACGAAAAUGCCUUUUUGCCGUCAGAGAUAUUUUUAAGUUGCAGUUUAAAUUUAACUUUCAUUUCAGUUUGUCCCAUGAUUUGUCUUUUCAAACACGAUGGGGAAAAUGCCAAAUGCCAUCAAGCCAUUCUGGAAUAGUGUUGCAUUAAAUAUUUGAUGGGAUCGACCGACACAAAAUGAUGAGAGGAUAUAAAUGAACUGCAGUACAUUUAAAUGAUGUUUUAAAUUAAAUAGAGCAUUAAAUUCACAUUUAAAAAUCCGGUAUCACUAAAACAAAGACUUGAUUCACCAAAGCUCACCUACCAGCUCAGGAGUCUAUAUUUAUUGUAGAGGGAUAUCAGCGACUCCUGUCCAAGUGUAUCCCACUGUGUCUCUGUGUUCCCAGCUCAUUCUUUUAGAUACAGAACCACAAACUCAUGCACACACACACACAUACCACAUACAACAGUAGAGUAUAUUUGCCAAGUCCUGACAACUUGAUCUUGUGAUUUGACUCCCAAGGGAGGCAGCCAUCACCUAUCACUGCCAGCCUACGAUAGUUUGGAAUAAUUGCCACAAACAAGAGAAAAAGAAACAACAUCAGAAUCAUGCAAGUCAUGCAGUGCCUUGAUAUUGACCCAUAUUUGUCAAUCUUCGUAUCUGAACUGUUACACUAGUGAAAAACAGCUGGAAUCACAGUCGUAAGGUGCGGUCACAUGAGCGAAAAUUUGAGGGUCGUAAAGGUCCUUCAUGAGUUGUUUUGAGAUGUAUGAAGUACAGCUCACACAGAAGUCAAAACAAGCAACUCAGUAAAUUCGCAUGAUCAGCUUGAAGUUGUUUUGACAUAUGCUUUGAAAUCAUGCAAAAUGCCAGAUUGCAUGGAUGACUUUUAAAAUUCGCCUGCGAAAAUUCACUGAACAACAGUAAAUUAGCGAAAAGUUAGUGAAAAUACAUAGGCAAACAAUGCCAAUUGCCUAUGUAAAAUUUGUAAACAGAUUUUUUUCCCCCAGAAACAACAGUACAUUUGUGAAAAUGUAGUAAAGAAUGACGUUAAAAAAAAAUGCUAAUUAAGGUACAGCUCAUGCAGAGGUUACAUUCAAAACAAUCAAGUUUUCUGGCUUUGUGUUGGUCAGCACAGUAAUUCACUUAUCCUACUUGAAUCAGUUCUGAAAUCUGCAUUGGGAAACUAUUCACCAUCAUGCAAAAUUCCCAAUUAAACUGAUGCCUAUUGAAAUUCGCCUAGAAAUUCACUGACGAAUAGUAAAUUAGCAAACAAAAUGUAAAAAAAAAUCUAAAACCUAGGCAAAAAAUUUGAAUUGUUUGCUGUCAAUAAUGUAGCGUCCAUAAAGUACAGCUCACACAGAAGUCACUUUAAACUAAGUAUCUUUCAGUUGGUUGAAUUCACGUGACCAUCUGAACCCUUGGUGAAAUCUGCAUAGAGAAUUUUCAUCGUCACUCGACAUACAUGGAUGUCUAUUGAAUUGACUGGAUUUUGCCUGCAAAAAUUCGCUAAACAUCAGUAAAUUAGCAAAACAUCAGCAAUAUUUCUCAAGCCCAAAAGAGGUCAAACCAAGCAACUUUAUGUUGGCUGAACUCAUGUGACCAGCUGAAGCGGUUGCAAAAUUUGUGUUUGGAAAUCUUUCGCAAUCACAUGAAAUUCCAGAUUGUGUGGAAAUCUAAUUGAAAUGAUUGGAUUUCACCUGCAAAAAUUCAUUAGGCAGUUGUAAAUGUGACCGCACCUUUAUUCCAUGUAUUGGGUUUUACUGUUUUAAGAGAUUGUGAACUGACACGUACUGUAAUUUAAAAAAAGGUGACCUAUUUAAAUCAGUCUGAUACUGCUUAAAUACAAAUUAGGGAGCUAUUUAAAUGGUUUAUCAGCUCUUUAAGAAUUAUUGAUGUUUUACAGGCAGGCUUUUAUCUAGUCUGUUCCACCUUGUGUUAGUUUGGGGAAAAAUAAAAUGUUUAUUUAUGGAUAGCGAUGUUACAUCUACGACACUGUUAAAAAAAAAGACCAACAUUUUCUGCUUUCUCCCGAAACCAAACUGUAUGUUGAAAUGAAAUCUACAGAGAAUUGAAACCAACAUGAAUAAUUAGUCUUCAUUUUGCGUGUAAGAUGUCUUGAGUACUAUCACAGAACUAGGUAAAAACAGUGUUGUAAAAUGUUGAACAUGAAUACAUUCACAGUUUUCCUUA